CCCGCAGCCCACAGCAGCGGCGCAGUCCGCCGCAUGUUAGGAGCCGGCUGGCCGCGCUUCAGCUCAGCAGCAGCAGCAGAGCAGCAGUAGAGUCGAGGUGUCGCAGCUACUGCUUUUCAUAUCAGCGGCUGCUGCAGCACCUGCAUAUCUCCUCCUCUUGCGCACGCACUGCACCAUCGCGAUGGUACUGGCCGACACGUCCCACACGGGCAACUUGCACCUGCGCAACCAGCGCAGCAACUCCUUCCUCUCCACGACGAACAACAAUCAGCAAGACGGCAUCUUCGUGGGGAACCUUCUAGAGGGUGAGACGCUGAGCUACAGCUUGGCCCUAGUGCGUGGCCGAGCACCGCUGGCCUGUACCUACAUCCGAGUUCGAGGUGGUCACAAGAGUCAGGUCGCCGAGUGGCCGGUGGUCAACGGUGACUUCCGGCUGCUGGUCGAGCUUCAGCGCGGUACCAACAGACUCGAGCUCGAGGCCGGCGGCUUCAAGCGCAAGUUCAGCCUCGUCUACGAGCCCAGAUUCACCCGGCUCAGAGUCACGCCCGUCUACGUCAUCUGCGCUGGUCACGAUGGAUACUUUCAGGGUCCACGAGGGGAGAACCGCUCACCAGAAAGCGCAGCGACGCGCAUCGGUCUCGGCGCGCGGCUCCUCCAGACCCUGACAGCGGAGAAGCUCCGCGAGGCUGGCCACGGCCGCAAGACUUUCCAGCUGGAGCGCGACCUGGACGGUCCGGAGUGUCUCGUGAUGCACAGCGUGCUCCACGUGGACCGAGCUCGAGCGAUGUCGCAGCGCGAACUCUGGGAGCUCAUAGGUCGCGAACUGAUGUCUGGGCCGUUGGCCUCCAAGGACCGCAAGUACCUGGCAUUCCUCUCCUGCACGCGAUACAGAGGUGCACCCAAUCCCAGGACCCACGAGGACACUCUCGCCAGAACUCAAGGACACGCGGCUCUCGGUGGCGGCGGACUCGCACUUUUCGGAUCGGCCUGCCUCCACACGUGGCCCACUUGUAUGCCACAGGUCCUUCCCCGAUUCCUGGACGCGACGCUCAUCGACACGGAGCAACUGAUGGACGACAGCAACUACCGAGGCACACACGGCGGCUGCCUGGCCACGACCCUCGGCUCGGUUCUCCACGAGCUCGGCCAUACCUUCGAUCUGGGUCACACGCGCGACGGCAUAAUGGGUCGCGGCUUCGACUACGUCGACCGGGUUUUCGUCGGAGCGGCCGGCAUCGACACGAACCGCAACCCGGUGCGCCGUGAGCCCCAGCACACGACCAUCGCCCUGAGCAGACCUUUGAGCGUGACGGUGACGGUCCAGCAGCCACCGGCCGCCAGUCCGCGACGUGGGCGGCUGCUCUCCGAGACCCUCAGGCCCAGCAGUAUGAGCUUCGGGCGGACGCAACCCGGUCGACUGUCGGCACCCGCGAGUCCCGAGCUGAACAGGUCGUUCGCCAAGAGCCUGUCCAGCAGCAGCAGCAGCAGCGACAUACCCUCGCAGACCGACAGGACCUUCUGGGGCAGCUCGUGCGCAGCCCUGCUGGCUUACCACCGCUGGUUCAACUCGGAUAACGACAACGGCAGGUGCCAGAACGUCAACGACCUCAAGUACGACGGCAAGAGGAACGUGGUGAGAUCCCGACACGGCGUGCGGGUGAUCGAGCUGCGCGAGUCGUCCGGUGGGAUGGUCGUGGCGUCGCGGCAGUUUCCCGGGAAUCACCUGACCCUGGAGUCGAUGGUCCCGGCGCCACCGCCCCACUGCAUCGCUGCGCUGACCCUCGUAGCCGAGGACUCGAUCGGCAGCAUUCUCAAGCAUCCCCUGCCCACGGCGUUCUAGGAGCCGACAUCAUCGAGCAGACAUUAAUCUCAUCAUCGCGAUCAUCGCUUGAGAUCUGCUACUCCUGUGAUCUGGGACCGCUCCUUAUCUCUUAUCCGAUUCAUAAUCCUUCUAGCUGCGUAUCCCGGUAUAGAGCGAUUUGGCCGAUCGAUCAAAGGAUUAUAAGGAGGAGAACACAAUUAUCAUUUGAUACACUGCAUCGCACGCCCAAUUUUACAACUGGGAAUUUCGGUAUUAUUAAUACUAUUGAUCGAUCGGCAGAACGCGUCUGUACUAUACCAUAAAUAUUAUCGAUACGAGCGGUCCCUUUAUUUAUUAAUGCAUUCGAGAAAGAAAAUACGUAGCAAAAUGUAGGUGUCGCAGCCGAAUGACCGUUGGAAAACACCGAGGAUUUUAAUUAUUGGUCGAGUAAAGAGUGUCUUCAGUUGAAAGACAGUAUUAUUAUGAGCUGAUAGUCAUUCCGUGGCAUAUUCUUGUACGACCCGAUCUCAUCGCGGCAGCUGCUCCUGCAUUUUGCUACUCGUUUUCGCGGCGUAUGUACUUAUAAUAUACAAUAUAUCAUGCGCUCCUUAUUACCAAAGUGCUUUGAGCAAAACAUUUCACGAUCUUGAAAAAUCGAUUGCGUACUUCAACUCGCUAAUCAUUAUUACACCGUAAAUUAAUAUAUAGAAAGUAUAUUGAUUUUUAUAAUUGACGAUUUUCCUUGUAACGAGGUGAAUAUGGCCUUUGAUUUGUCGAAGAGAGUAUAAAGAGUUGCCUUUAGAUACUUUUCUAUGUAAGAAGAAGAAAUUAUUCCUGCAUGGAAAACAUAGACGUAUAAUAGUUAUGAUCGAUACACACCGAUAUUCUUCAAAGUACAAGAGCGAGAAUCGAUUUUUUGGGUUCUAUUAUUUAUAAACGCGCUUUCCGCCCUUUUACAUAUAUAUUAUAAGGUUAUAUCUGAUGACAAAACAAUUAUUGUGAUGAACUCAUACAUUAUUAGUUCAGAUUUACGUGGUAGAAGUUCCUGUGGGUUAAAAGUACAUCGAGGAGGCCACACACACACACAUAUACGUGCAAUAAUGUGCUGCUCGAGAAUUCAAAAUGUACCGCAAAGAUGAGCGAAAUCAAAUAAUUUUAUGUUCGUUGUGUGGACUUUUUAAACUUGCUAUUACGCUUGAUCUACUGUAUUACUAUACAUUAUUCAUGUAUCAUUUGAACAAAAUUUCGUGUGUUAAAAUCAGAUUAUUUUGGAUAUUUAAAAGUAUAUUUUUGUACGUGCUUUAAUUAAAUAAUGGAUGGUUUAUUUGUUGCACCGACUCUAGUCAUACGAGCCUCCUCGAAGGUUGUGUUCGUUAUUUCCCUCCACUUAUACUCCAAAAAUCAAAAUAAAAAAAUCAAUCUCCAAUAUUGUCCGUCGAUAACCGCGCACCUUCACCGCAUCGAACGCCAAACAUGCUUCCCCCGCUCUAAACAAAAAGCAUUAUUUACCAAACACUUGUUCAAUAAGACACACAUACACACAAGAAUGAAUUCGCUGAUUGCUGCCCAACCAAUGGCAAAACGCAAUUUAUCCAUAAAUGUACACGUAUUAUGCACAAACAUAACCGACGCUGAACCAAAAAUAUAUUAUACAAAGCGAUGAGCGUCCAGUUCAGUAUCGCCCAUACAGGAAUGAUAAAACGCAGGUAGUUUGUAGAAACUGUGAUUGAAAAAUUACUGAGACAGCCUAAGCGAUUGAAUCGGAAGAUGCGGUGAUUGCAUAAGUUAAUUACGAUACAUGUAUGACUUAUGAGCCAAUGAAGGCAAGGUGAUUCACACUUGUAUACCAACAACCCGCAUGAUUAUUUCAUAAUCUAUUCUCGUGACACACGUAAGUUAUAUGGUGAAUAAUAUAUAAGAUCACACAUACAAAGACAAUAUAUACAACACGAGUUAUGAACGCUGAUGAUAAUCGGCAAUUUACAGAUGCAUGUAAAAAGAUGUAAGAAUUCUAUACAAGAAUCGAAGAGUAAGCAAAACCCAAGUUGUUUCUAGCUAGAAUAUUUGUUCCCAAAAUGCGAGAAAUAAAUGAGUAAUUUUUUUCAUUAAA